GGGAAGCGGAAAGCGAUGCCGUGCCGGGGGCGGCGCUUCCCUCCCUCAGCCAUGGCGGCUCCCGGCGGGACGGGGAUGGUGCCGGUGUUGCCGGGGCUCUACGUGGGCGGCGCCGAGUCCUGCUCGUCCCCGGAGGCGCUGGCGGCGGCGGGAGUGGUGGCGGUGCUGACGGUGGACGCAGAGGAGCCGCCGGCCGUGCCGGGGGUGCGGGCCAUGCACGUCCGGGCGCGGGACGAGCCCGGCGCGGACCUGCUGAGCCGCCUGGAUGAAUGUGCCGCCCUCAUCCCGCUCCCCACAGCCCGCUCCCCUCAGCCCGCUCCCUUCAUCCCGCUCCCCUCAUCCCGCUCCCCACAGCCCGCUCCCCUCAGCCCUCUCUUCUCUCGCCCCCGCCGCAGGGUGAACCCGGGCUUCCAGCGGCAGCUGAAGCUCUACGAGGCGAUGGGCUGCGCCGUGGACACCAGCAGCGUGCUCUACAAGCGGUACCGGCUGGAGAUGCUCAGCGAGAGGCUCUCCGAACCUCAAGACUUGCCCCGAGAAGUCUUUGCAGUUGAUCCUACCACUGUAUGCCAAACUUUGAACACAGAGGUUCUCUACAGAUGCAGGAAAUGCAGACGCGCUCUGUUCCGUAGCUCCAGCAUUUUGUCCCACACGGAAGGAAUCGGACCGACAGCCUUUGCCCACAAGAGGAUAACAGACUCUGCACGGCUUUCUGGGAAUAGCCAGGAAAAGUGCACCUCGUACUUCAUCGAGCCUGUGCAGUGGAUGGAACCAGCAUUGCUUGGAGUAAUGGAAGGACAGCUUCUGUGUCCCAAGUGCACGUCAAAGCUGGGCUCCUUCAGCUGGAGGGGGGACCAGUGUUCCUGUGGCCGCUGGGUGACACCGGCCUUCCAGAUCCACAAAAGUCGAGUGGAUGAAGUGAGGACACUGCCAGUUGGUAACUUCCAAAGUGCCAAAACCUGAACUCAUUGCUUUACUUGAUGGAUUCCUUAACAUCUACUGAGAACUACUAGUCCAUGGAUGCCAGGAAAUGAGCUUAUGACUUCCACCCCUUGGUGAGGUGGCAGAAUUACUUGAAUACCUUCAGCUUGCUGUAUCUCUUAAUAUAUUCUAUGAAAUAUCAGAACACUUUCUUCAAAGAGGUGUUACAGAGUGGUCAAAUCUACAAAAUGGGCAAAAUAUGUUGUUUUUAGUGUAUUCUUCAUUUAUGUGUUGCUGUUUACACAGGGUCUCAACUCCUUAUUCAAAAGGAGUUGCUGUGGCCAGCAGUGCUGCUCAGCUUCUGAUCCAAACUGACAAGCGCCCUAAAAUGGUACAAUUACAGUUGUUUUGCAUGCAUGGCAGCAAAAGGAAAACUUAAGAGUUACACUUUUAUUGUAUUAAAAGUAAUCCUAAAAAUACCCACCCUAAGAAUAUUU